CGGUCGGGAGGGAGGCGGUGUUGUCAUUCAGCCAGAGAAGGAGGAGGAGGGGUCGACUGACGGAGGGAGGUACAGAAGGAAAAGGAGUGGCCUUCUGCAGAUAGCAGCCCCUCUCUACCGGAGUAAAGUCUUCUCUCUGAGGCAGCUCAUAGGAGAGAAAACAAACCAGAGGUUUGGGAGAUACAGAACGGGAAAGAAGAAAGAAGCAAAGAGAAAGCCCAUUUUCUUCCAGGCUGCGUGAGACUUUUGUACAUUCAUGGCAUCAGCAGCUCCACCAAAAAGGGUGGUUUCUUCUGUCUUCAUCACUCUGGCUUCUCCUCACCGAGCCACCGUGACCCCACAGCAGCAGCCCGCCCUUCAAGCCCACAGUGCCCCGGCUAGAGAGAAACUGCAUCCUGCUGUAAGAGUCCGCCCAGGUGACAGCAUACCUGCCCUCAGGCACAGCAGAGAGGACAAGUCACCGCCGUCAGAGUCUAAUGGCAGCCUAAAGAUCAAAGGCUUGACUAAUGCGGGGUCCUCGGCCCUGGUUUCAGGCCCACAGAGCCACAAUCCCCCCAAACGUGAACCAGGCAAAACACAGCUUCAAGAAAAAAAUGACCAGAGGAGUUCAUCAGAGCUUUUCCCUCCUCCUCCCCCUCCCUCUGAUGCACCGCCUCUAUGUCCGGGAGAGUUGCCCUCUGAAGAAUCAGCACUUCCACCACCUCCUCCAGCCCAAGCGUCUUUCCCCCACCCCGUGACCCCAGGCCAGCAGCCAGUUUACAACCCAGAGGUGAAAGCAAGAACACCAUCUAGUGGGUUAAGCUCAGAUGACCAAAUCCACAGGAUCCACCAAAACAGCCAAGACAAAGAGAGCAAAGAUCUGUGCGGCUUCUGUCGAAAGCCAGUGGCUCCUUCUGAACCUGCGAUAGAGGCCUUAAACAGGACUUACCAUGAUGGCUGCUUCCAGUGUAGAUCUUGUCACAUUCCCCUGGCUGGUAAACAGUACUACAACAAGGCCGGGAUCCCGCUCUGCGAAGACUGUUACCAGGCCAGUUUGGAGCUCUGCUGGGCAUGUGGAGAGGCUAUCACAGAUCACAUAAUCCGCGCACUCGAGCGAGCAUACCAUCUUUCUUGUUUCACCUGCACAACAUGUAAGAGGCAAAUUGGAGAGCAAGCUUUUGCCCAGGGAGAAGUUGGAGAAGUUUACUGCCUUCAAGACUAUUACAGGAAAUACGCUCCAAAGUGUAGUGCCUGUAACCAGCUUAUCAUUCCACAAGAAGAUGGUACCGACAGCUAUACAGUUGAAUGUCUGGGGCGUUCCUACCAUGAGAACUGCUACAGAUGUGAGGUCUGCGCCAUCCAACUGUCUCCUGAACCGAACGAGCAUGGCUGUUAUCCUUUAGACGGGAAGAUGCUUUGCAAGCCCUGUCACCUGAACCUGGCUUCUGGUCAGCACUAAUCCCACGUGAACAGCAAGCAAGACAAGAAAAAACUGAACAAAGAGCUGGGAGACUGCGCAUGUGCCUUUAUGAAUGAAUGUGCAAAUGCCUUAAAUGCUUCCUUCACUAGAGAAAAACUAUAUUUUUACAGUAUAUCAUGCUUUCUGAAGAUUACCUUCUUCUUUUUCAUCAUUUUGCACUUAAUACAAUCUACAAAAGCAACAAUUAUAUUCCUGCAACUCACUUUACAAAAAAUGUACGAGAAUAAAUGGAACCCCAGUCAGUA